CAUGUGAGCACACGGCAGAGCAGCAGAGCACCAGCACAGGGGCAACAAAGGGACGCAUGGUUCAUCCAAAGAGGCAUCCAGCGAGUAAAUGAUUCACUGAGACAAGUUGCACCUGCAGUCACACGUUCGAUUUCCAUCUGUCCUCACCUCAAAGGGUGUGAUAGCACUGCACAGUCAUGGAGCUGGAGCACUUUGAUGAGCGGGACAAGGCUCUGAGGUACACCCGGAGGGGCUCGAGAGGGAACGGGCUCCCCAGUCCCACGCACAGCGCCCACUGCAGCCUCUACAGAACCAAGACCCUGCAGAAACUUAGCUCGGAGAAGAAGGCCAAGAAGAUCCGCUUCUACCGCAACGGGGACCGCUACUUCAAGGGGAUUGUUUACGCCAUUUCUCAGGACAGAUUCAGGUCCAUGGAUGCUCUGCUGGCCGACCUCACGAGAGCUCUGUCCGACAACGUCAACCUGCCCCAAGGGGUUAGGAACAUAUACACCAUUGACGGGGUGACGAAGAUCACCAGCAUGGACCAGCUGGUGGAAGGAGAGAGCUAUGUGUGUGCGUCCAUAGAGCCCUACAAGAAGCUGGAAUACACCAGGAAUGUAAACCCCAACUGGUCGGUUGGUGCUAGGACUGCCGGGGUCGUCCGGGACCCUUCUUCCCUGGGGAGCACCAAGGCGGGAAGUCCAGAAACUAGAGAGAGCAAGGACUUCAUAAGGCCCAAGCUGGUCACCAUCGUCCGCAGUGGAGUGAAGCCUCGCAAGGCCAUACGGGUCCUUCUGAACAAGAAGACCGCCCACUCCUUCGAGCAGGUCAUGACCGACAUCACAGAGGCCGUCAUGAUGGAGUCUGGAGUCGUCAAGAGGCUUUUUACUGUUGACGGCAAGAUGGUGACCUGUCUUCAGGACUUCUUCGGGGACGAUGAUAUAUUCUUUGCUUGCGGCCCCGAGAAGUUCCGUUACCAGGAUGACUUCAACCUGGAUGAAGGUGAAUGCCGGGUUGCAAAGUCGAUAUCAUACGGGCGGCUCCCGUCCAUUACUGGUCGCAUCUCCCCAAAAAGUGGGGGGUGGUCCCUCAGGAGCAAGUCUCCUUCAUCCACUGGUUCAGCUAACGGCACUGGAGGAAGUCAGUUCUCCACUCCUCGGUCUGGAAAGUCUUCCAGCCCCUCUCCGACCAGUCCAGCCAGCCUCCGAAGACGACGGGGAUCUCAACACAGCGGCUCCUCGCUCUCUUUAGCUUCCACUAAGGUCUGCAGCUCGAUGGAUGAAGGAGACGGGCUCGUCAGUGAAGCUGAGCCAAUGGAGGACAACUCUUUAGUCCCAGCCUCCAUCACGGAGAGAUACAAAGUGGGCAGGACUUUAGGGGACGGAAACUUCGCUGUGGUUCGGGAGUGUGUGGAGAAAUCCACCGGGAGACAGUUUGCCCUGAAGAUCAUCAGCAAAGAUAAAUGCAAGGGGAAGGAGCACAUGAUCCAGAGCGAGGUGUCGAUCCUUAGACGUGUGAAACAUCCCAACAUCGUACUUUUAAUUGAAGAAAUGGACACACAGAGCGAACUCUAUCUGGUCAUGGAGCUGGUGAAGGGGGGCGAUCUGUUUGAUGCCAUCACCUCCUCUAACAGAUACACGGAGCGAGAUGCCAGCUGCAUGUUGUUCAACCUGGCCAGUGCCAUCAAGUACCUGCACGGCCUCAACAUCGUGCACAGAGACAUCAAACCUGAAAACCUGUUGGUCUACGAGCACGUCGAUGGCAGUAAAUCUCUGAAGCUCGGGGACUUCGGUUUGGCCACCAUCGUGAACGGGCCCCUCUACACUGUGUGUGGCACCCCCACCUACGUAGCUCCAGAGAUUGUGGCUGAGACGGGAUAUGGCCUCAAGAUCGACAUCUGGGCCGCUGGGGUCAUCACGUACAUUCUGCUGUGUGGAUUUCCUCCUUUCCGUGGCGGUGAUAAAGAUCAGGAGGAUCUGUUCGAGCACAUUCUGAGCGGCCAGCUGGAUUUCCCUUCAGCGUACUGGGACAAUGUUUCUGACCCAGCUAAGACUCUGAUCAACGGGAUGCUGCAGGUGGAGGCGGAGCUGAGAUACACGGCGGCCCAGGUGCUCGAUCACCCCUGGGUCAAUGAUGAGGGGGCGUCAGAGAAUGAUCAUCAGUUGCCGGUGGCUGGAAAGAUCAAGAAGCACUUCAACACUGGGCCGAAGCUCCACAGCACCACAGCAGGAGUGUCGGUCAUCACAACCACGCCACUUGAUAAGGAGAAGCAAGUGUUCAGAAGAAGACGCCACCAGGAUGUGAAGUCCGCUCCCAACUUCCCACACAGCCUGGGAGCCUCCCGCGGCCUCUCCCCCGUCGACCUCACCUCAGAGUCUGAAGACUUGUCCCCGUGCUCAGCCGGCACCGUCCGGUCCCCCGUCUCUCCGUUCUGAGGCCACGGCCCCGUCCAGAACCUCCGUGGAGAGGUUGGAGCCACGGGGGACAACCCAUCAACGGGUUCAGUCUGCUGACUCAAAAACAACUGCACAUGCAUCUGUACCUAAUUUAUCUAUUUCCUGCCAAAGUAAUUAAUUUAACUCACCGUUAUAUCGAUCAGAUUGAGGAGCAGUUCAUCUCUGGGUCAAAGAAUUAGAGCAUGCAACAAUAUUCAGUAGAUUUCUCCUUUCACACAGCAAGCACUGUUUCAUAGUAGUUAUAUAGAGCCCUCUACUGGUUUAUAUUGUGUACUACAGGAAUGACAGCCUGCUUCAAGAGGCACUUUUUAAUAGAAGUUGUUAACAAACGAAAAAAUAUUCAUGUUUGACUUCAACACAUAUGCUCAUGUGAAUAGAAUGAGACUCAGAGCUUGUGUCUCCGCCCGGGCCCAACAACAAGCUGCACAGAAUUUCACACAACAUCAACAUCCUUAAUUUAUUCCGUGAAAAAAUGUCAACAAAACAAUUAGACACACAAUGAUACAGAAAGUUUUCAGAUCCAUGCCCCAAAAACCUAAUGAGUUGUGUCCUGGCCCAGGUCCUGUCCUUCUCCCAGUUCCUCCCACUAAGUCUGGUGUGAAUCCGCUCUAGAGUUUUUUUGCACAAUCUAUCUGAAGAACACACAAACGUUACAAGGGCCAAAAAGAAAACCUCUCAACACAACAGUCCCCGUUCGGCUGCACUGUUUAACAUCCAGAUUACUUUAGGUUCUGGUGCACAAACCGACAGGAACUUGAGACGACCUGCUGCUGCACUGCAGGAGAAAAUACUGUGUGGCCGCUCGGUAGCUUCUCCUCCUGGAGAUUUGAGGGCACUAAUGUUUGUUAGUGUUGAUUGGUGCUGUGUGCGUGAGGAGGGUCAUUUCAAGUGGUUUUGUUACAUGUCUGUGUGAGUGUGGUGUCGCUGGUUGUACGUGCAUGUGUAAAAACUUGCCUUGGCACAAGUGGAUUUAAGUGCAAUUAGGUUUGACGCCCGAUGAGCACAUUAUGAAACAUGUUUUUUGAGAUAUAUAAACACAAAAAAUAAGGAAUCUGUCUCUGGUAUUAACGGAGUCCAACCAACACAGUUCUCUCUCAAUGGUGCAUCACUGAUUUUCAUUCCACACACACGGAAUAAGAAGUGAAACUGCAGUGCUUCCAGGAAUGUCCAUUAUUUUACUACUUUUUAUUCUGAAUGUCCCGUUCGUCCUCCAACCGCCUCACGUGUGUCUCUUCAUCCAAAUAACCAUAGAUGUGAAUGUCCCUUCACCCGAGACUGUAACCUGCAUGUCUGCUAAUACGCAUCCUAAGAUCAGUUGUUCUGGUCGUUUGCUCUUCGAUGUGCGCCUGUCAAGAUAUGAAACCACUCCUGUUGCCACUGUACAUGCUGUCUCCAUGAAUGCAGUCCGGUUCAGACGGACCACAACUGAGUUAAGACAUAUAUAUAUAUAUAUAAAUGUAUUUCAACAGAAAUGUAAAACCCAUACCACUUGCUGUUUAAAGGGCUUCUUAAGUUUAGUUUUUUGCCACAAAGCACAAGAGAGCAAGUAGUCGUAGUGAGUCGUCGGGAAUGUGUUUGUUUACAAAGAAGCUGUCUGUUGUUUUUCGUCAUCUCCUAAAUAAAAAAAAACAACAUGUAAUGUUUGUGGAGAAAAUGGUUCUCGAAGGAAAACAGCUGGGAAUGUCGGUGUUGAUGUGGAAGAGGAUGUAGAAUGUGAAAGCUGUAUUAUAUUCAUCCAUAUUCCAUUAAUGUCAGAAUGUUAUUAAACUCAAAUGAGGAAAAAACAAA